AUGACCUGGAGAAGAAUGGCCUCAGAGAAUGACUCUUCUGUGAAGGAGUUCAUCUUGCUGGGCUUGACACAGCAACCAGAGCUCCAGCUGCCUCUCUUCUUUCUCUUCUUGGCAAUCUAUGUGGUCUCCAUGAUGGGGAACCUGGGCUUGAUUGUUCUCAUUUUUUUGAAUCCUCACCUGCACACCCCCAUGUACUACUUUCUCUUCAACCUUUCCUUCAUUGAUUUCUGCUAUUCAUCUGUCAUAACCCCCAAAAUGCUGGUGAGUUUUGUGAAGCAGAACACCAUCUCCCAUGCUGAGUGCAUGACCCAGCUCUUCUUCUUCUGCUUCUUUGUGAUUGAUGAAUGCUACAUUUUGACAGCCAUGGCCUAUGACAGAUAUGCUGCGAUCUGUAAGCCCCUGCUUUACAAGGUCACCAUGUCCUAUCAGGUCUGCCAUUUGAUGAUGGUGGGGGUGUAUGUGAUGGGGUUUGUGGGUGCAAUGGCCCACACUGGUAGUAUGCUAAGUUUGACCUUUUGUGAUGGUAACAUCAUCAAUCACUACAUGUGUGACAUACCUCCUCUCCAGAAGCUCUCCUGCACAAAUACUGCCAUGAACAAGCUUGUGGUUUUCAUUGUUGUGGGUGUCAAUGUCAUGGUGCCCAGCCUGACUAUCUUCAUUUCUUACACUUUGAUCCUUUCCAACAUCCUCAGCAUUCAUUCUGCUGAGGGUAGGUCAAAAGCCUUCAGCACCUGUGGCUCCCAUGUAAUAGCCGUUUCGCUUUUCUUUGGAGCCUCGGCAUUCAUGUAUCUUAAGCCUUCUAAUACAUCUGUAGAUGAUGAUAAAAUAUCUACUAUUUUUUAUACUAUUGUGGGCCCAAUGCUGAAUCCUUUCAUCUACAGUUUAAGGAAUAAGGAUGUGCAUGUUGCACUGAGAAAAACUUUGAAGAAAACAGUGUUUACUUAA